UUCUAAUUUCAUUGCAUGUUAAAGCUUCCAUAUGUGGACAUUCAUGGUUGCAUUAAUAGCAGCUUCCUUGUUUGUAUGCAGUCCAACUUGGUUUUAGUGAAGAGCUGGGUUGAUGGUUCUGAAGGUGAAACUAUAGAAGGAUUAAGUGCUAACUUUGGUGCUUUUGUGCCAAGUCUGGAAGACAAUGCUAUUAAGUUGCCUGUUGUUUUUGCAAAUCCGUUAAAUUGCUGUUCUAAUUCCUCUUCUAAGUUAUCCAAUUCUAUUGCCUUGUCUAUGCGUGGUGAUUGUGAAUUCACAGUUAAGGCAGAAGUUGCACAAUCUGGAGGUGCAUCUGGUUUACUGGUGAUAAAUGAUGCAGAAGAUAUAAGUGCAAUGUCAUGCUAUGGAAAUGAUACUUCUCUAAAUGUUACCAUUCCUGUUGUCAUGAUCGCAAAGUCAAGUGGUGAUGUUAUCAAGAAAUUAUUUGAAGCUGGACAGAAAGUGGAGCUUCUGUUGUAUUCUCCAGACAGUCCAAUUGUGGGCUUGUCAGAGUUCUGUAUAUGGAUAAUGGCAGUUGGGACUAUUAUCUUGGCAUCUGUUUGGUCUGAAUUUAUUGCAUGUGAGCAAAAUGAUGAGCCCUAUAAUCAGUUGACAACAAAGGAAUCUUCAAAUGCUGGAACAGCUGAUACUGAGAGGGAAAUCCUUGAUAUUAAUGCAACGGGUGCUGUAAUAUUUGUCAUAACAGCAUCCACCUUUCUACUGCUACUCUACUUCUUUCUCUCAUCUUGGUUUGUCUGGGUGCUGAUUGUACUUUUCUGCAUCGGUUGUAUCGAGGUAUACAGUUCUUCUGAAGAUUCUUUUUAUGAGGGAAAUAAGUAAUGUUUGCAUACAAUU